GCCAACGCAUCCAUGAGGGCACUGUCAAAAUUGUACCGGUCAGUUAUCACCAUAGCCGAUGGAUAUGUCCCGGAGCGGUUUACACAACAAUGGAACCACCCGGCAGGUCCUAAAACUAUAUUCUUUUGGGCUCCGUGUUUCAAAUGGGUCCUUGUGGUUGCGGGUUUGGGAGAUGUAGCCCGCCCCGCUGAUAAGCUCAGUCUGAUGCAGUCUACCGCCCUACUUAGUGGCUUUAUUUGGGCUAGGUAUUCUCUGAUAAUUAUCCCGCGGAACGUCAACCUCAGUCUGGUUAACCUGUGUGUAGGUGUGGUCGGUACUGUUCAACUCAGUCGGAUUUACUCGUAA